CUUGGGCCGGGGGCUGCGGCGGCGGCGCGGCGGCUGCUGCUGCUGCUGCGGCUGCGGCGGGAGGCGACGGCGGGCCGUUGGAGGCUCUGUCCGGCCGGCCCGGGGCCAGGGGGAUGCAGCGCAGGACGUGUUCGGGUCUGGGUGUAGCUGAUCGGAGAAGAGAGGCAGACGCCGCCCGGAGAGGCCGAGGAGCAGCGGAGGAGAGCCACCCUGACAUGCCUUUUCCUCUCCCUCCUCUCCAGCGGCCAUGUUAACCAGAAAACCCUCAGCUAGCGCCGCCGCUGGUGCUGCCUACCCAGCCGGCAGGGCAGGGGACAGCGGCCGCCCGCUGCCGUCUUCCCCGGGCACCGGAUCCGGGGUCUCCCGGGCAGGAGCUGGGACCGGCGCGCCGUCGCCCCUCGCAUUGCCGCCGCUCAGGGCCAGCAACGCUUCCCACACGGUUGGAGGCACUAAGCACACAAUGAAUGAGCACCUACAUGUUGGUAGCCAUGGACAAAUCCAGGUUCAGCAGCUCUUUGAAGAUAAUAGUAACAAGAGAACGGUUCUGACAACGCAGCCAAAUGGACUUACGCUAGGCAAAUCUGGAUUGCCAGUGGUUCAGGACAGGCAGUCAGAGAGUGCCCACAGGCGACAAGGGAGCUCCAGCUCUUUAAAAUCUACAGAUGGAACAGGAAAGGUAAAAGCCACUGUUAUCACACCAGAGCAGGCAAUGAAGCAAUACAUGCAAAAAUUAACAGCUUUUGAGCAUCAUGAAAUUUUUAGCUACCCUGAAAUAUACUUCUUGGGUCCAAAUGCAAAGAAGCGGCAAGGUGUGAUUGGUGGUUCCAACAACUGUGGCUAUGAUGAUGACCAAGGGUCUUACAUACAAGUACCCCAUGAUCAUAUUGCAUACAGAUAUGAAGUCCUGAAAGUUAUAGGCAAAGGAAGCUUUGGACAGGUGGUGAAGGCCUAUGAUCACAAGACGCAUCAGCAUGUGGCACUAAAAAUGGUGAGAAAUGAAAAACGUUUCCACCGCCAAGCUGCGGAAGAAAUUAAGAUCCUGGAACAUCUCCGGAAACAAGAUAAGGAUAACAACAUGAAUGUUAUUCACAUGUUGGAAAAUUUCACAUUCCGCAGCCAUAUCUGCAUGACAUUUGAGUUGCUGAGCAUGAACCUUUAUGAAUUAAUAAAGAAAAACAAGUUUCAGGGCUUUAGCCUACCUUUGGUUCGGAAGUUUGCCCACUCAAUUUUACAGUGCUUGGAUGCUUUGCACAAAAACAGAAUCAUUCACUGUGACCUUAAACCUGAGAACAUUCUGUUGAAGCAACAGGGUAGAAGUGGUAUUAAAGUGAUUGAUUUUGGCUCAAGUUGUUACGAGCAUCAACGUGUCUACACUUACAUUCAGUCUCGGUUUUAUCGUGCACCUGAAGUCAUUCUUGGUGCUCGUUAUGGGAUGCCCAUAGAUAUGUGGAGCUUGGGCUGUAUUCUAGCAGAGCUUCUGACCGGUUAUCCACUUUUACCUGGAGAAGAUGAAGGAGACCAGCUGGCUUGUAUGAUUGAACUACUGGGCAUGCCUUCUCCAAAACUUCUAGAUUCAUCCAAGCGAGCGAAAAACUUUGUGAGCUCUAAGGGUUAUCCCCGCUAUUGCAGCAUCACAACCUUGUCUGAUGGCUCUGUAAUACUUAAUGGUGGACGCUCUCGGAGGGGAAAACUGCGCGGCCCACCAGAGAGCAGAGAAUGGGGUAACGCAUUAAAGGGAUGUGAUGAUCCCCUCUUCCUUGACUUCUUAAAACARUGUUUAGAAUGGGAUCCUGCUGUUCGUAUGACACCUGGCCAGGCUUUGCGGCAUCCCUGGCUAAGGAGACGGUUGCCAAAGCCUCCAAAUGGGGAAAAGGCCUCAGCAAAGAGAAUUACAGAGAGUACUGGUGCUAUAACUUCGAUUUCCAAGUUACCUCCGACUUCAGGCUCAGCAUCAAAACUGAGGACUAAUUUGGCACAGAUGACAGAUGCCAAUGGGAAUAUUCAGCAAAGAACAGUGUUGCCAAAACUUGUUAGCUGAGUUUGAAAAACCCAAUGCUGUUAAUAUGAGAGAUACAAAGUGGCUGAGCCUUAUUUGUAUGAAAAAUUAGCUCAGAUAUGCAUUUUUAUUUGCUCAAUAAAUCUAUUCAUUUGUAUCUUUCAGCACUCAUUUUAAAUGUAAGAAAUGUUGAUUUUGUUUUUAUAAAAACACGGGGACAAUGCUUUAAGUUUUUAUACUUAUUUUUUAAGAUGUUUGUCUUCUACAGUACAAUUAGCCUUACUGUAACUAGUGUGACACAGUAAUAAACAUCAGUGGCAGGCCACUGGUUACAACAUGACUGUCAUGCAUUGCAGCGUGGUAUCAAAGGUAUUAACCUUUCUCUUCCAUGGUUCGUAUUAGUUUUAACCUGGGGUAAAUUUGGAAGACUACCAUUUGGAUUUUAUGGGUUUGGUCUUGAUUCUCUGAACACUCACAUCUGUGACUGACUGGACUCCAGGGAGAACACUCAAAGAAUACAGUUAAGCACUUGGAAACUUGUAGUUUAAAGUGGAGCCAUAGUAUGUUCUAUUGUCAUUUUUUAUGUGGCAGCCCAGAGAAAGUCAUGGUAUCACUAAUGAUACUGUCAUUUCCUAUGGAAUGCUUUCUCUAUUUAAAAAUAAUGGACUUUGAUUAAGGUGAUCAUUUAAAUACAACGCAAAAAAUAAGAACACUGGGGCUAAAAUUACUACUACCUUGCAUGCCAUGUGAUAGAGUGAGGGGAGCAGGUAGUCUUGGAAAACAUGAAAAUGGCAGCAUGUCUGUUCCUCUAAAUUUGAAAGUUGAUUAGUUGGUAAAGCAAAAUGUUUGGAAAUUCGUUUUCGUCUGUAACAUUGAGCAUUCACAGAUUUUCUUUUUUCCUUUUUUCUUUUUUUUCUCUCCUUUCCUCUUCUGUUUUUUUCUAAUGUGCAGCUUGGUCUCCCAAAAUCACAUAGGCAGAAGUGCUCCUUCUGUCAGUUUUAUACUGUAACUUCCAGACUGUUAAACUACAUGGAUUUCAAGGUUGUUUUUAUUUCUUCUGACAAUGUUUGAGUGACUGUAACUUCUGUGGUGCAUUUACACUUCAGAUCAAAUCUGCAUGUAGGGGCAAACAUGAUGUUACUACAUUGCUUCCUGGAGAGGAGUACUUCACCUUAGACAGCUUAACUGUAGAAGGAAAGAUCCUCAGUGAAAAGCUUUUCAGUUGGAAGACACCAUCCUAGAUACUUGCUAAUAAGGGAGAAUUAUCAAAGGAAAGCUAAGUGCUUGGAAUUUGAUUUAACCUUUGGCAUUUGUGGAUGAAAAUUAACUUUGAAAGAACGAUUAGGUAUGUGUAGAUUCGUUCACGUGUGUGYGUGUGCUAAUGCUUGGUUUUUCUUUUUUACUCUUAACUGCAUUCAUGGAAGAAAGAUGGUCUUUACUGAAGAAUAGUAUCUAGACUGUGAGAGAGGUAUUCACAUGUUGUAGCAUGUUUUCAACAGGAACGGUUUGAAAUCUGAGAUCAGUAUUUUAAUAAGUACAACAGCUGUGGUCUACAUUGGAUGUAUAAAACAUAUGAAAAGGGAAUUUUAAACAAAGUAGAACAUAAUGUAGAAGGGUUUAUAGAUGUUAGAACAAGACAUACUAGAAUGGAUUGCAUUAAACCUCAGUAACUUUAUUUACAUACAACAUUUAUAUGCACAGAUUUUACUGAGUUACUUSUACAAAUUAUGAAAAUUACUUAAAGCAUAGUCCCCUGAGAGGCCAAGAAAGUUUCCGGUUAAGUUCUCCUUCAUACUUGUUAAUUUACCACUUACAGCUUAAUUUUUGUCUGUUGGUGUGUUUUGUUUUUAAUUUAAUGUAUGACUGGGGGAGGGAUAUAAAGAAAAAAAUUACAGAAUUCUCAGGAAGCAUAUCACUGAACUUCUUGCCAAAAAGUCAACACCUAAAGAAGCUCCACAAUAAUUUCUGAGUAGAGGAUGGUAUUUGUUGAUUGAUAAAUGUAAAAAUUAGACUGUCAAUCAACCAUUUUUCUUACUUGUUAAAAUGAAAAGWUAAUUUCCUGCCUCUAGUCAAAUUAAAUUAUUUAGUGUUAAAUGUUAACAACUUUAUACAAUAUGUGUAAGUGCAAUAUGUAAACAUGUAUGAAAUCAUGUUAAAAAUGAAAUAUAAUAAUACUUCUAAGAAAAGUGGGUUUUAGAAUAUGACUAUCCAGUAAAUUAUGGUCAGUAAAUUCUAAGUCUGGAGAAGAGAUAUAUUAAUUUUAAUGUAAAAUUAACUGACUGUCAUGACUGUGGGAAUACAAUACUAUGUAUUUUUCUGCAGUAACAGGGAAUCUUUACUUCCUCCACCACCUGCUUGGCUUUACCACUCCUUUCUACCUUAACUCGUCCUGCACAAGUCAGGAAAUAGGGAUGCUGAUGUUAAGGGUGAAAGCAGAAUCAUCUCCCGUAGUAUUUUUUAAAGCAGACAUUGAUACAUGUUCCUGCCUUUCAUGGUAGCUUAAGGUGAAAACAUUCAUGAUGUUCAUGGGUCAUUAAUGGGCUACAACCACUAAAUUUUCUUUCUYAUGUAACCAGUUCUUAAUGCCAAUAAUGCAUUUAUGAUCCACCUUCUUCAUAAAUGCUACCGGAAACUUAAAGGCCAAAAUAUAGUGUGAAGAGCUAUUUUUUUAACCCAGAUACAGUGGAACUUCCUCUAUACUAAAGGAACAGUUGCAUCAAGGUUUUUAAGUGGUGUAGCUGCAUUUUAUUGUAACUUAUUUAUACCUGUAAAAAAAAGGGGGGGGGGGGGGGGGGGGGGGAGGAGGAGAAGGAUGUUGCCUCUUGCUUUGAUGUGAUUCUAAUCUAAGGGCUCUGAUAAUUAGGCUGAUAGAAGUUGGCUUGGAAACAGUGCUUAGUCUCACAUGUUACCAUUGUCUGGGGAUGUCUGAGCUAUUUUCGGAUUUAGUAACAGCACAGUGUUGUCUUUGGUUGCAGUCUCACUUGGCUCAGUUUCUUGCACCACUGGUGUGUUCAUUACCACUUAAGUGUUGGAACAAGAGAGUGAUGCAAGAYGUGUAGAUUAAGGAUUGAGGAUGGAUUGUGCCCUUGGUGUUAACAAUGUGCCUUUUGUUACAAAUGCAUCUUGGCCUCUUUAACCCUUGGAAUACUGCUUAGUAGGGAUKAAAUUAUUUUUAAGUGCUAUACCUUUCUUAAAACAUCCUGUAGAUGAUCGAGGCCUUAAUAGAAACAAUAAGGCAAUCACACUGCUAGGGUGGAGAGGACACUCUGUUCUUGUAGUACAGUCUCAUUAAGGGGUUAAAGAUGGCCCUUCCUCAUUGGUUGUACUUUAACAUCAAACUGAUUUUUUUUUAAAUAAUUUUUUGUUAUAGUGACACUAGCCAGAAAUCAACUGUAUUUGUAAAAAUUUACCUCAAACUCUUUAGUUUUAUAGUGAUUUAAUCCCAGGGCAUUUGGUAUGAACCAAAGUGCAUUCCUUUUAUAUGUGCCUGGCUCUUAUAAAGGUGGCCAGGGAUUUUUACAAUUUGGGUGCAAGGCACUUAAGCCACUUUUAACUUGGUGGGUGGUUUGGAGUUACAAAUGACUUCAUGGGAAUGUUGAAAACACUUAAAAGACAUAAGUAGCAUCGGGCAAUAUUAAAAUCUUUAGGAAAGGGUGUGCAUUAUUUAAUGCUCUCCAUUUGUUAAUUUUGUUUUCCAUCAGUAAUAUUUUUGAUAAAUAUGAAAAGAACUCUUUCUACAGUCAGCAAAGAUUAGAAUAUUGCCCAGUGUAAUGCUAUGGUAGCAUUUAAAUAAAAUAACAUUUGUGAAUUAUUGUUUCUAGGGGCUUGUACAUCUCUGCUACAAUUGUAAUUACUCAGUUCAACUGCUACAAUUGCGUCUAAGCAGUAGCUUGGGUUUUUAUUGGGCAAUGACUUAGACACGUGACUGUAAUAUGCUGCAACUGUGUGUACUGAAAACAUGUGAAAAAUGAUUGAAUGUGGACUAUGUAUAUAUUUAUGUAUAAUUUUCUGUGAGAUGCUGCUGUUGCCACUUAACAUUAAAGAUGUUGUAGUGGGUUUUAAUCCUAGUGGCCAGUUCUAUGAUACUGUAUGUAUUGUACAGCUGAUGACAGGAGUUAAGACUGUUCUAGUGAAUAUUUGUUACAUUUUAUUGUUGUGGCCAGAGAUCAUUUCAGAAUAAAAUUUUAUGUCCUACUUUAAUUCUCUCCACUGUACUUCGGAUUUUUUUGUAGCCAUUAAGAGAGCCCUUGGAAUACUGAUAUUUGUUAAAUGUGGAAUGGCCUUCUAGCCUGCUGCAGUCAGUGGCAGCAGUGCUUUGGUCCCCCAGCUUGCCUGCUGCUAUCUGUGUAUAGUAAUCACCCGUUGCUGGAGGCUGACUCUUCUACUGCUUUAUAUGUCUUGACAGCCUUGAAUAUUCCCCAAAGGCUGCUUUUGCCCUGAGGUUUCUAAAGUUCUUCUUAGUACUUAGAAAAUAAUAUGGUUUUUAUUUUUAGUUGCCCCAUAUUUGAGAGAAAAUAUCUUUGGCAGGAAUUUUGUGGGUAUGGCUGUUCUAAAUUUUUUUAGCUGUUUUUGGAAGAUUUUUAAAAAUAAGAAUAGAUCUGRUUUUGUAAGAAAUAUUUGAUUGAGACAGGUACAGUGUGUGUUCUUUUUCUUAAAUCUGCUUUAAAAAGACACAGAUUUCUGCAUUGGUAUUUGUAUCAGAGUUUUCAGAGCUUGUCAGACUUUGUAAAGUCCCAGGAUAAUUAGAACAUACUAAACAAAGCUGGUAGGCUAGACAGCUAAGUUCUGUUCACAGAUACAUCCAGAGUAAUUUCACCAUUAAGCGCAGAAGUAUCUUCUAAGUGAGUGGCCACAUUCUCUGCUUGGUARUGUCCAUGUGCACCCAGAGCAGUUUCACUGAAAAGCUUUCUGGUUCAGGUGAGCCCAGGGUGAAAUCAAGGGAUUUUAAUUACACUUUUUUAGUGUUGUACUCAGCAUAGUUGGGAGAUUUUAGAGCACAAACUGAAUCAAUAUUAAAUAUAAAUAAAUCCAGUGUACAGCCCCAACAAGCAAUCAGCCAAAAAUUACAUCUUUGUGGUAUAUUUGUUUGUGAUCGUGUUUUUCUGAGGRCAAAGGCCUUGUUUUGGGUUUUGUUAGUUUAAUUUUUGUAUGGCUUUCUUUCCCUUCUAAUCUGUUUCUCACUAUCCCCUCCAGCCGUCUAAUCSUCUUGCUAACUUUUGCACUCUUUUGUCUCAUCUGUUUUUUCAUGUGAAGAAGGAUCAGAGCCAUCUCACUUGAAUUCAGUUGUGUGGAAGUUGCCUUUUGGCCUGUGCCAUUUGCUGAGACUCUCAGUAGCUGGUGGGGAAUUCGUGUUGCCUUCUGCUAUUGCUCCCUUCCUAGUCUUUAAGAGCUCAGGUCCCUCCCUGAAGUGGGGCCCUUGGAAUGCCACCCUGAAUGACAGUCUGUAGUUGCUGUUAUCUCUACAGAGCUUCCUUUUGUGAAAAGACUGUCUCCUGCUGGAUAUCAGCUGUGCAUCUCUUGUUUUUUACAGCAAACCCAGUAAAGAAUGCAAGUGUAAUGAUGAUCAGGUAUUGUGUUAUUCAUUUAUAGAYGCUACUGCUUUUCUUCAAAAGGCUGUCUUGUCCCAUUUUUUAAAGAUCUGCYUAUUGAAAGAUCCAGCAGGAAUUUUACUCUUGCUCAGAACUUAAGAAAUGAAAAAGGUACAAUGGAAUGUAUAUGUAUAGGGCUGCCUAUGGUCAGAAGUUGGCAUGGAGAGRGAAAAAAGGCACUUGUAAGAAAAAUAGAGCCAAGUUUCAGGUAAGCAUGAUCCUUUCAGGAUUCAGUGAAGGUUUAAGAAUUUCAGCGGCAUCAGAUUGAGAAUGGGAAGRCCUUAAAUGUUUCUCAGUGUCUUAAACAAUUGAUCAACUAUUAUUUCAGUGGAAAAACAUUCUUUUGAAAACCUAUUUUAAACUCUAUGCUAAUAAUUAAAAGAAUAACAUUAAAGAAUAUUUUCUGUAGCUAGAACUUUAUAAACAUGAUUAUACAUUUCAAAAUGUGAUUUAUAGUGCUGUUAUGCUGCUAGCAUAGCCUUAUGUUUUAUUGUUCCCGAGAGGAAGAACGUUCCUGAGAGGAAGAACAUUCCUUGUCUUUUUCUUGAGUGCAUGGCACUAGAUGUGUCCCAGCCAUCAGACAUGCUAUAUCAGAGUAAAAGUGGCACUGGUAGAACUGGUUUGUGUUCCUUUGCAGAAAUCCUCUGCUGCUCUUGGAACCUGGGUUUAUUUGUGUAAUUUUCUUUCUGAUUUUUUCUGCUGUUUAUUUAAGUGUUCAUUUGUUUUUAAGAAGUGCUUUCCAGCCUCUGGCUGGGGUGAGUCUUCGAUUUCUGCCAACUAUUGAGCACUUUGGGAUGGGGAAUACUGCAAAAACAAUGUUUCUUUAGCUUUUCUCCAACAACAAACAGAAAGUCUAGCUCGCUACCAAGCUCCAAAGACAGGGAAUCCACAUUCACCUCCAGGUGCUGUCCACACCAGCUGUUAACCUUGUUUAACUUCUGCAUGAAGUUCAGUGGAAAUGCCAGGUGCUGCAGAAUGAAUGGCUUGUGUCCGUCGCUUUGAGGGGGAAAAAGAGACUACAGUGGAAGUUCAUGACAUCUUUUUUGAGGAAGUUUGGGAUAUAGAUGGAGCUAGGGAAGACUUUGUUGAGAAAUUCCUUAUACUGGAAGCUCUGCGUAACACCCUGGGAAGUGGCAAAUAUGGAGUUCCUGCUAACAGUGUAAACUGUUUCCCCUGUUCUGCAGACUGUUCAUUCCUUUACUGUAGUUCAGUUAUCUGCCAGCUGUACAUGGCUUUGCAUAGCUUAGGUACCUGAAGAUAACAUGUGAAGCAGCUGCAAACAGUGAAAUACUACUUUAUAACUAACAUUGGCACCGGGAAAUCCAGAGUUCUCCUUCAGAGUCUGACCUGACAUGGUAGCACCCAUGAAGUCCAUUUAAGACUGUCUAAAUGCAAAGCAUUGCUGCAAACUGUUAAUCCUUGAUUGAACAUAGUACGGGAGGGAAAUGUCCAUGAGACAGAAAAGCAACUGACAAAUGUUUUAUAAAGACUUUUGAGCAGAUUUCUAGUACUGUACUGUUUAUAUAAGACUACCUCUUUAGUUUAAUAAAUUGGUCUGAAUAAAGACGUAAUWCUCAGAUUUCUAUUUCAGCUUCAGUGUGACAGUAAAAAUUCCACAUUUAAUUACUCUUUUCCCUCAUCUGUGUGGGUUCUUGCAGACACUACAAAUAUAUUUUCCUCAAMCCAUCUAGGUAUAGAGAUCAACUCUAAUAUCAGUUCCUGAGGGAUAAGCAAGACCAAAAAUUGAGGAAUGUGUGUUUCUACAUAUAGAGAUAAGUAUGUGUGUACACAUGUAUGACCCUUUGGAAAAAAAAAAAAAAACAAAUUCUGCAGGCAUUCUUUGUAGUGCUUUACAAAAAACAACAAAAAAAGGGGAUUAGCUUUAUUUUCCCUUUGCCUCUUUGAAGUUUCAGUGUAAGUCCGACAUUUUUGCAUUACACACAAAUCAAAGCCAUUUGUCUGCUAUACUUCAGUUUAACCAUCAAGGUGCGCMCAAUGAACCUCAGCUUUCUUGCUAGAGGCAGAGGGUGCUUGGUGAGCAGGGGUCCAGUGUCACCCCAAUGGCAAGUGGUCCUGUCACAUUUUCUGAAGUGCACCUUCAUCAAUGAAUGAGCUGUUUUCUAGCUUACCAGGCUUAGCAACUGAAAUAAUUCCUUUGGGRUUAAAGCCUGAGUCCAUGUGCUUAGACUGGGUUUGUAAACUUCAGCUGAGAAAGAAAUCCUGAGGUGGAGUUUGUAAAGUCCAAAGCUAGAAUUAAAAAUGGGUUUCUAAGCACCUAGUACUUGUCUCAUCCAACUGUGACACAAAAUGACCUUUAAGAUUUGCAAGUUUUCCGAAGGUCUGUGCAGAGAGUGCUCUCCCCAGGACAACCCUCGAGUGAUGGCCCUGUCUGUGCUGCACACAGGUGGCAGUGCCUUUGGCUACCCUGGGAGGCUGGCGCUCCUCCAGCACUUCCGGCUUCCUCAAGGUACAAAGAGCAUUUUAUGGACAAAAACACUGAGGAGCGUUGCUAAGGAGAAGCUAAACAUUUGUGUCUCAAGGGCCCAGCACACUGCAUGGGAGCCGCACUGCUCCUUGCCUGGGUGUCAGUCCUGYGGGCUGUUGUGUCCUGCUGGACCUGCUCCUCCACAGACUCCUCCCAGUCC